GAACACUCUCGUUGCUAUAGCGACUGCUCCUUUUCCCACACGGAGAACAACCGUACGCUGACCUUUGACCUCAGCCCCAUGAGCGACGUGGCCUCGCUGACCAUCGGCCCGAGUUUUACCUCUAAGGGCACAAAGUACCUUCACCUGUUCAACGUCAGCCUGUGUGGCCACGAGGGAAAGAGAGCCGCCACCUGCACAGAUAACGUCACCGACGUGUCCAACAAGGACGAGCAGAGCGACUCGGCUCAGUUCGUCAACUCGGUGGACAGCUUCAUCUGUCAAUCAACCAUCAUCCCAGCAGAUGGGCGGGGCUUCAGGAUGGCCAUUUCCUCGCAGUCCAUCAGCCUGGCAGACGCUUUCAUCGGAGCGACAGUAGACUCUGUUCUUAAUGGCGUGAACGCUAAACCGGAUCUUUUUCCUGAAAACUCAAAAGACGUUCCAGAUAUCAACUUCUUCUACAG